GCGAAGGGGCCGGUUGCUCCGGAAGUGGAGGGAGGGGGUGAAAAUGGCGCCCAGCUCGAAAUCGGAGCGGAACAGCGGGGCCGGGAGCGGCGGCGGCGGCCCCGGCGGAACCGGGGGAAAGCGGGCGGCGGGGCGGCGGCGGGAGCACGUCCUCAAGCAGCUGGAACGGGUCAAGAUCAGUGGACAGCUCUCUCCUCGUCUUUUUCGGAAGCUGCCUCCCAGGGUCUGUGUGUCCCUCAAGAACAUCGUAGAUGAAGAUUUUCUCUAUGCAGGCCACAUCUUCCUGGGCUUUUCCAAGUGUGGCCGCUAUGUCCUGUCCUAUACCAGCAGCAGUGGCGAUGAUGACUUCUCCUUCUACAUAUACCACCUCUACUGGUGGGAGUUCAACGUCCACAGCAAACUCAAGCUGGUCCGGCAGGUGCGGCUCUUCCAGGACGAAGAAAUCUAUAGCGACCUGUACUUGACUGUGUGUGAAUGGCCGAGUGACACCUCCAAAGUCAUUGUCUUUGGCUUCAACACCCGCUCCGCCAACGGGAUGCUCAUGAACAUGAUGAUGAUGAGUGAUGAGAACCAUCGAGACAUCUACAUCAGCACUGUGGCCAUGCCACCUCGGGGCCGCUGCGCUGCCUGCCAGGAUGCCAGUCAUGCCCACCCAGGUGACCUGAGUGCACAGUGCCUGCGACAUGGCUUCAUGCUACACACCAAGUACCAGGUGGUGUAUCCUUUUCCUACCUUCCAGCCCGCCUUCCAGCUCAAGAAGGACCAGGUAGUGCUGCUUAACACCAGCUACUCGCUGGUAGCCUGUGCCAUCUCCGUCCAUUCAGCAGGUGACAGCAGCUUCUGCCAAAUCCUGUAUGACCACACAGCUUCGCCCCCAGCCCCCCCCAGCCCUCCAGGACCUCAGAGCCCAGAGGCAACCCCUGCCUUCCCUAGCCUUGGCCCUGAGGUGGCCCCAGCCCGGUCCUCUGGAGCCCCUGAGCCCUCACAGGCCAUUGCCAAGGCCAAGGAAUUUGUGGCUGACAUUUUCCGUAGGGCUAAAGAGGCCAAGGGUGGCACCUUGGAGGAAGCUCGGCUGCCCCUGGGCCUGGGGCCCUCAGGCAGCCGCUGCCGCCCAGCCUCAGAGCCUCUAGCCCCAAGUGGGGAGGCUGCAGAGGCACCUGCCUCUGAGCCUGGCUACAUCAACUACACCAAAUUGCACUACGUGUUGCAGUCUGGGGAAGGGACAGAGCAAGAGGAUGAGUUUGAGGAUGACAAGAUCUCCCUGCCUUUUGUGGUGACUGACCUCCGAGGUAGAAACUUACGGCCCAUGCGGGAACGGACAGCCAUGCAGGGCCAGUACCUAACAGUGGAGCAACUCACUCUAGACUUUGAGUAUGUCAUCAAUGAGGUCAUCCGCCAUGACGCCACCUGGGGCCACCAAUUCUGCUCCUUCAGUGACUAUGACAUAGUCAUUCUGGAGGUCUGUCCAGAAACCAACCAGGUCCUCAUCAACAUUGGCCUCCUACUCCUGGCCUUCCCAGCCCCCACCAAGGAAGGCCAGCUCCGACCAAAGACUUAUCACACCAGCCUCAAGGUGGCCUGGGACCUCAACACGGGCAUCUUUGAGACAGUCAGUGUGGGUGACCUCACUGAAGUCAAAGGGCAGACCAGCGGCAGUGUCUGGAGCUCCUACCGCAAGAGCUGUGUGGACAUGGUCAUGAAGUGGCUGGUGCCUGAGAGUAGCGGCCGCUAUGUGAACAGGAUGACCAACGAGGCACUGCAUAAAGGGUGCUCACUGAAGGUUCUGGCAGACAGCGAGCGAUACACAUGGAUUGUGCUGUGAGGGCUGGAUCACCCUGGACCUUGACUCCAACUACCUCCGCAGCCCAGGAGAGGAUUGCCUUCCUGGGCUGGCCCCACACUGGCCACAACCGGCACCAGUGUUAGGCUGCGGUAAAGGACUGGCAAGGUGGCCUGAGAGUCUGGACUUUUUUUUAUUUAUGCCUAUUUAAGUUGGGGAAGGGCAGAGGGAGGAGCCCCUGCCUCCCAAGCCUCCAGUGCCUGCUCCGCAGCCAAGCCCAGCCCUGCACCCUGUGCUUUGGUCCCUUUUCUUGGCUGCAGGUGUGACCCCCAAGGGAGGCCCAGUGGCUCCAGCCUCCCUCACCUGGGGUGGGAACCCUGUGGCUACCCCCACUAAGUUCAUGUAAUAAAUGCUUUAUUUCUGAGA